UAUUGUGUGAAUAUUGAAUAAUAACUCUUUCCCAAAAUUGGAAAAAUGUAGGGGUUUAGGGAAGGCCUUUAAAUCACCCAAAUUAUUUCCCUGUUUGAGUCACUCGAUUACAGUUGCUUUCUUCUUUGUUUGAUCCGAAACAGUUUGAAGCGAGACCACACUAUUCUUUCCACGAUGAGCCACGUCUCCAAUGAUCUCGCUGCGGUGAAGGGCGGUUCUGACGCGGCUCGAAUUGUGGUAGUGAAGGCGUGGCUCAACUCUCAGUUUGAGGCGGUGGGCAGAGAAGUCCCUAAUGUAGAGUACACUCAUGGAAACAUCAACCAUCUGUAUAAUCUCGCCAUCGCUUCUCAAGCCAAGUCUCAGGCUGCCACCAUUGUAGCCAAAGAUUUUCGUCGAAAGGCUUCAGAGUACCGUGCUCAAGGGGCUAGGGUUAGAGAGAUAUUGGAGAGUGCAGGAAUGUCACAAGAUAGCUUACCGUCAGAUGUGGUCUCUUCAGCUCAAGUUGUUGCAAAUGUUGCAAAUUUGUUGAACAUAAGGGACACUGAACUGAGCAGUUUCCUAGUAGCAAUGGGAGACAUUUCUCUGAGGAAGAGUGAAGUGGAAGAGAAGAGGGCUAAGGCACAGAUGGAGUCCAAUGUUCUUCUUGAUUAUACAAGAAAAGCGAUACAGAAGCUGACGUAUCUAAAGAAGCUCCUUGCGGAGCUAGAAGAUGAUGUAGUAGUACCUUGUGAAUCACUGAUGGAGAAUUGGAAAACAAAUAUGGAAGUAAUGGCAAUCAAGGAGGAACAGUACAAAAAGAAGUAUAAGGACUCUGAGAUUAGAUGGUUGAAACGUCAGCAAGAUGCAAGCGAAAUGUUACUCAAAUACAAUCCCAAGAUCAGCCACAGAGAUCUGGUAGAAAUGGCAGAGCACCGAAAGGAACUGGAGAAGAUGACAAAACCUGUUCUUGAUGCUCUGAGAAGUUACCAGGACUUGCCUCCGGAUAUAGCUCUAGCUUCACUAGCAAUCGAAGAAAAGAAUAGACAGUUUGAAGCCGCGGAAAGGCGGCUAGAAGAAGUAUUACAAUCAGCUCUUGAGACAAGCGAUGUGUGA